GUCUAUUAUUCAUUCAACUAAACUAAACUAUAUAUUUAUAUUGUGCUACUUCUGAAAACAGCACAUUAUUAUUGCUUUGUUUACCAAAUAACGAAUAAGUGAAAGUAAUUAGGUGACUCAAUGGAUACGUGAGUUCAAGUUCACAGUAAAGAUUAAGUCCCAAGUUACAAAUUCGGAACUUCUAAUUGCAUAAUUCAACCUUGAAUUUUGAGACGAAUUUCUCAGGUGAAAUUGCUCCCUUAAAAACCUCAAAAUGAUGGAUAUUGAUGAAUCUUCGUUACCAUCCACAUUAGUUAAGGAGGAGAGAGUGGACGAUGAUGACUUUUUCGACAAAAAGUUCGAAACUCCGAAACGUGGGAGAUCGAGAUCUCUUUCAAAAAAGAGCGUGGACAAAGUAGAUAUCAGAGCCAAAUUGGAACGAAGCAGACAGAGUGCUCGGGAGUGCAGAGCUAGAAAGAAGCUAAGAUAUCAGUACCUGGAAGAACUUAUUUCUGAAACGGAGAAAGCUAUUUAUGCCCUCAGAAGAGAGAUGGAUAUGUUGAAAGUUUGGGGAAAGGAUUUGGACGAAGGUAAACUCCCAGACAACGUGCUGGAAUAUAGGACUGCUAUUCGCGAUAAGACGUCGACAGACCCGUUAAAAUUGAAGCAACAUCGGAUUCAAUAUGAUGACCAGGGGACAGUUGGAAAUGUAGCCCUAUCCGUCUCCCCCUCUGGAGACAUGACCUCUUACAUGACGAUGAUGAACCUGAAUCGACAGUCACAGUCUCUCUCACCCCCAUGAUAGCAUUCUCGCAAAAUGCAUAUACAUGUACUACGAGUAGGCAUUCACGUUUGUUUGUUUUUCAUCACAUAAUUAAGAAUUACUAAUAAUGGUUACGAAAGAGACCUAAAAACCUAAAAUGUGAAUGGGGAAAAUGAACUGUGAUUUUGAAGAAUACUGAAUUUUUGCAUAAUGUACCUUCUUAGACUUUCAAAAAGUCGAUAUAUAUUUGUUGUUAGUCAAAUUGAGCAAAGCAAACGAGCAUAUAAUAUAGUCUUGAAAGAUUUACGAUCACAAAAUACACUAUACGCUGUUGAAUAUUUAAUAGACAUGUAUUAUGUGUAUCUUACCUCAUUUUGUGUACCUUAUGUCAUGGCUUUACAUUUAGAGUACACACUUAUUAUAUAGUUGGGAAUAAAUAUCUAGUUAGCUUUUAAA